AUGCUACUUGUUCACAUAAACCGAAGGACUCAGUUUGAGAAUCCAGUUCUAGAGGCCAAGAGAAGAUUGCAACAGCAGCAGCAGAUGCAGAGUCAGGGCUUGUCCUCUCUCCCCCUACCUACAGUCUACAGAGAGAAGCCUCUGUUCACACGGGACCCCACGCAGCUGAAGGGCAGCUUUCUGUCUACAGCCCUACAGAAAAGCAACAUGGGAUUUGGCUUCACUAUCAUCGGUGGUGACGAACCAGAUGAGUUCUUACAGGUCAAAAGUGUCAUACCAGACGGGCCUGCUGCACAGGAUGGGAAAAUGGCUACAGGAGAUGUGAUUGUCUACAUUAAUGACGUCUGCGUCCUGGGCACCACUCACGCUGAUGUGGUGAAGCUUUUCCAGUCGGUGCCAAUUGGACAAAGCGUAACCCUCGUCCUUUGCAGGGGUUACCCUCUUCCAUAUGACCCGGAGGAUGCAGCCAUUACAUUGCCGUCCCCCCUCAGUCUAAUUGAUCAUCAUCUGCUGGUCAACGGACGGAAUAGCUACGACAGCUACAUGGAGUACAUCUCCCGCACUGCUCGCUUCGUCGACCCAAUCCAAACGACACUGGCGCAGCCUCACCCUGGAGACACCCACCUGGAUGCUGGACCACUGGAGGACAGCGUCUCAAUGGCGUCGUCAGGGGCGGCUGGAGGAGAGCUUUUAACCAUUACCAUGGUGAAAGGGGCGGAUGGGUUUGGAUUCACCAUAGCAGACAAUAAUGGAGGACAACGGGUGAAUCAGAUUCUGGAGGCACAGGGGUGCCCGGGGCUGUGCGAGGGCGAUCUGAUUGUGGAAAUUAACCAGCAACCCGCGCUAACACUGUCACACACACAGGUGGUGGAGCUGCUAAAAGAAUGUCCUGUUGGGGCUGAGGCCAUGUUGGUUGUGCAGAGAGGAGGGGCAGGUCACUUUUCACCUUGGAAGACUUCUAAACAGGUAAAAAUGUAUCGUAUUCCAGCCCUCUGAAUUUAAUUAAAAAACUAACAUCAACCAUGUACUGUCAGUAUUGAGUGAUUAGAUCACAUCAUACAUUAUACAUCAUCUGUAUGCAUAGCCAUGACUGUUGAGCUUUACUACUAAGAUGAAUGCAUAACAAAGGCUUUAUUAUAUUGUUAUAACAUAUUACCACUAACUGCACUGUACUAAACUUGCUUCAUAGACACACCUAUUUUUACAAUAUUUUUAAAUAAAUCAACCAAUUUUAAUAGAGCAAAUAACAUUUUCUAGUUACAAGUAUAAUUUGUUCUAUUCAAAUCUGUUUAUGCUCAAGACAGCUAGAAAUUGCUUCUUUUUUU